AUGUCAAGUGACCGGCGAGAAAGUCAGCAAGAGACCACGACGGUGGACGGUAACGGAGCUAAUUCUAAUCCGGUGAAUUCUACGACGAUGAAAGCUACAUCUACGACGGUUUCUUGUCAGAGAUUGAGGUUAAACCCUAACAACGAGCAUAGGCCAGAUAGUUACGAGGAUCUGCAGCUGGAAUUCCCAAAUUCGAUUUACUCUAGUCUGGAGAAGUACUUGCCUCCGAAUAUGCUCGUCUCGAGAAGGGAAGAGAAAGUGAAAUUCAUGACAGAUAUUAUGCUCAGGCACCUUCCCCAUGGAGAGCGUUCCAGAGCUCAAAGGCACAGGGACUAUAGGCAGAAGAUAACACCAAAUUAUCAGCGACUUCACAAGGAGUUGUAUUCUCUAAAUCCCACGCUAGUUUUCGUCCCCGCUUUCAUAAAGGCGAUAAAUGAAAACACAGAGGAAAGCUUCAGAAGCAUAAUAUCUGAACCGUCACCUGGUGUUUUCGUCUUUGAUAUGCUCCAGCCAAGCUUUUGCCAGAUGAUGCUAUCUGAGAUAGACAAUAUUAUGAACUGGGUAGCUGAAACAAAAUUCAAAAUCAUGAGACCAAACACCAUGAAUAAACACGGUGCUGUACUUGAUGACUUUGGUCUGGAUAACAUGCUUGACAAACUCAUGGAGGGGUUUAUACGUCCCAUUUCCAAAGUGUUCUUCAAUGAUGUGGGUGGAGCAACUCUGGACUCUCACCAUGGCUUUGUUGUUGAAUAUGGUAAAGAUAGGGAUGUUGAUCUAGGCUUUCAUGUGGAUGAUUCAGAAGUAACGCUGAAUGUUUGCUUGGGUAAAGAAUUCCUGGGAGGGGAGCUAUUUUUCCGAGGCACUAGGUGUGAAAAACAUGUGAACACGGCAACAAAGUCAGAUGAAAUAUUUGAUUAUUGUCAUAUACCGGGACAAGCUGUACUUCACCGGGGGCGCCAUCGCCAUGGUGCUAGAGCCACAACAGCCGGGCAUCGAGUCAAUAUGCUUCUAUGGUGCAGAAGCUCUGUGUUUAGAGAGCUCAAAACUCAUCAGAAGGAAUUCUCCAGCUGGUGCGGAGAGUGUUUUUGUGAAAAGAAAGAAGCGAAAGGACGGUCGAUUGCUGCUCUAAGAAAGAAAUUGUUUAAAGCGCGUGCAUCCCGAGCUUGA